CUUUGGUAUCUCUCUGUCUUUUUACCGUUUCUUCUCUCAGACAGAAUCAAAAGCAAACCAACCAAAUUGAACACAUCCUCUGCUCUUCUCUGCAACCAAACAAAACAAACCACCGAUUCGGUCGGAAUCACUCGCCGGAAAGAUCUAUCUAUAGUGAUGGGGAUUGUUGUCAAGUCUUUCAAGGAUCAAUUCUCCUCUGAGGAGCGAUUGAAAGAAUCGAAGAACAUCAUUGCGAAAUAUCCAGACAGAGUUCCGGUGAUCAUUGAGAAGUAUUCGAACGCAGAUCUCCCAGACAUGGAGAAGAACAAAUACUUGGUCCCUCGAGACAUGACUGUUGGACAUUUCAUCCAUAUGUUAAGCAAAAGGAUGCAGUUAGAUCCAUCAAAGGCUCUCUUCGUUUUCGUACACAACACUCUUCCUCAAACCGCUAGUCGCAUGGACUCUCUGUACAAUACAUUCAAGGAAGAAGAUGGGUUCAUGUACAUGUGUUACAGCACCGAGAAAACUUUCGGCUAACCAAAAACAAAACAAAAAGUGAUUUGCCGCUUCAUCAUCAUAUCGAAACGAAGAAGCGAAGUCUCAAUAAUCCCAUUUGUUUGAUUCAAUAUGUGUUGUUAAUAAUAAUGUCAGCUAAUUGUUGUUGUUGUUGUUAUUAUUAGCUGGCAUUGUACAGAAAAGCUGAAAGAAAAAAGAAAGAACAUUUGACUUUGUAAAUUAUGUAACACAAAAAAUGGCAGUAAUAAAUAAGACAAUGAUGUGGAUGAUUCACACAAAACCCGUUUAAUU